AUGGGGCACGAUGAGAGUGCUGGCAGGGUGCUAGGUGAGCCCGGCUUCACGAGCUGCCAUCACCACCUCCACUGGGGGCCCCCGGAAGCCCCACUACCACCAAGCUCUGCCAGGACCCCUACUCCUCCCUUCUGCCCCACGGCCUGCGAGCCCCGUGGGUCAAACAGCCUUCCCUGGGGCGUCUGUCCCAGUGGCCACCACCGCUGUGGCCAUUCGGCUGCUCUGGUGGGAGUGCGGGGAGUCAGGGAGGUGAGAGGAGCCUGGAUCCGCCAGAGGAGAGACCCGAGGGGCAGCGGCAGCGCAGGGCAGUCAACCCGCUUCCCUCCCCGGCGAGGGCGGGCAGACCCUGCCCGGGGCCGGGGGCACAGCUGGGUCCCUCGGGGGUUCGGCGCUGCUGGGGCACCGGGGCGGGAGGAUGGAGACGGGCUGAGCUCUCCUCCCGGAUCCCCGCGGUCCGGCGUCUUGCUCCGGGCAUUGGAGAGCCAUGGGGACCGGCCUCGGUGCUCCCCGCCCGCACCCUCGGCCCAGCCGGUGCCAGUGCCCGAAGCGGGGCUCCCAGGGCUGCGGGAGGGAAGCCGAGCCCGGGCACCCGCACUGGCCGCCGAGACACGCCGGGUCGCGGGAGCGGCAGGGUGGGAGCGCAGCCCUUACCUGGGCUCCAAGGGCUGUGCCGAGAGUCGGUGCCGGGAGCCGGAGCCGGUGACCGGUGCAGAGGCUGCCACAGAGCUGCGGCUACCGCCGCCUCCCGCCGCCGCCUCUGACACUCCGCCAGCCCCAGCUGAGCGGAGCCGCUCCGCCCUCCUCCCGGCCCGGCCCCGGCCCCGGCCCCCGCCCCGGCCCGGCGGGUACCGGCACCCCGGGGCAGUUCCGCCUGUUCCCCGCCCGCUCCCGGCACCGCCGCGCAAGGCACCGGCAACGCCGGAGGCUGGCGGGGCUUGGGCAAAGCCGGGGAGGACAUGGACGGACCCAGGCAGGGCACAGGCUGAAGCCUAG